AUGAAUUUAAAGAAUAGAGAUACUCCAUCAUUUUUGAAUAAAUAUUUAAAGAAAGAUACAAAUCCCAAAAGACCUUUUGAAUUCUAAGUUAAAACAUAAGAAAAAUAAGAUGUAUCUCCAUUGGAAAAACAAGCAAGAAGAAAAACUAUUGAAUAAAAUUUCUCAAGUUUAGCUGAUUAAUCAAUUAGAAAAUGUACAAUUUUACCAAAUUAUGAACCUUCGAAAUGUUCAUCUGGUAGAAAUGGUAUAAUCAAAGCUUAUGCUGCAAAUACAAAUUAAGGAUUAAUUAGAGAUUACAAUGAAGAUAGAGUUUCAAUAAUUUUGAAUAUAGUGAAACCAUAAAAUAGAGCAAAUGAAAAUUGGCCAAAAUGUUCAUUUUUUGGAGUUUAUGAUGGUCAUGGAGGAUCUACUUGUGCUGAUUUCUUAAGAGAUAACUUACAUUAAUUUGUAAUAAAAGAAUCUGAAUUUCCUUGGAAUCCAAUAGCUGCAAUUAAAAAAGGAUUUGAAGCAGCUGAGACUCAUUUUUUGGCUUAUGCUUUGAAUUCAUUUUAAAAGGGUAUCCCUGAGAGAAGUGGAUCUUGUGCAAUAGUUUGUUUAGUAGUAGGAGAAGUCUGUUAUGUGGCAAAUGUUGGUGACAGUAGAGCUGUAAUGAGUUCUUAAAAGGGGAAAAAAGUAACAAAUUUAUCAAUUGAUCAUAAACCAGAGACAGAAAUAGAGAGAAUAUAAAAAGGAGGUGGAAAGAUAUAUCAAACACAUGGAAUGAAUGAAGAAGGAGAAUAGAUUAUUGGACCAAUUAGAGUAAUGCCAGGAAGGUUAUCAGUAUCUCGUACUUUUGGUGAUAUAGAAGCAAAACUAGAAUAAUUUGGAGGUAAUUCAAGGGUUGUUAUAUCAGAACCUGAAAUAAAGAUCAUUAAAUUAAAUUAGGAACAUGAUUUUAUAGUUAUGGGAUGUAAAAUAUAUUAAAUUAAAAUUUAGGUGAUGGCAUAUUUGAUAAAUUGAGUUCAGAAGAAGUUAUAGAUAUUAUAUGGUAAGAUUUAAGAAAUAAUGAUAAAUUAAAUUUACAUUCUCUUUUAAGUUAAUCUGUGGAUUCAGUAUUAAAAGAAGCUAUCUUUAAGAAAAGUAGUGAUAAUAUAACUUUACUAAUUGUCGCAUUUUAAGUUAAUUAAACAAAAGAGGAACUCAAAGAAUUCAGAUAUACAAUUAGUAAUUCAGUUGAUAGAAUUGAAGAUAGUUCUUAUAUUAAUAAUAGACCAAGAUUAAGGUAAAAAUUAAUAUUAAAUUUUUAAGUUAACAAAUGUAAAAUAGAAGUGAUGAGAAUUAUUCUGGCUUGAUUAAUUAACAUAUCAAUAAUCAAAGUACUUCCUUUAUAAAUAACAAUCAUAAUAAUAAAUUAAAUAUGUCAAUAAAUUUGUAAGGUAGAUUGUUUAGAUAGUUACAAUCUAAAAAGAAUAUAUAAGAUGAAACAAAAAGUAAAACAAAACAUAGUUAUAUUCUUUGA